UAACCCGGAGCGACUAAAUGACCAAAACGCCCUUUCCCGCUUUUAUUCUUUCCAGCGUCCAUUUCUCCCUGAGAGAGAGAGAGGGAGAGAUGGAAGAAGCGACGGUUGUGCCCUUCAAAAACCUCCACAGCAGAGAAUACCCAGGUCACAAGAAGAAGGUGCAUUCGGUAGCUUGGAAUUGUACAGGCACGAAGCUCGCCUCAGGUUCCGUCGACCAGACUGCUCGUGUUUGGCACAUCGAGCCCCAUGGUCACGGUAAGGUUAAAGAUGUUGAGUUGAAAGGGCAUACAGAUAGUGUUGAUCAGCUAUAUUGGGAUCCCAAACACGCUGAUCUAAUUGCAACAGCAUCUGGUGACAAGACCGUACGCCUUUGGGAUGCUCGUAGUGGAAAAUGUUCACAACAGGUAGAACUCAGUGGUGAAAACAUCAAUAUCACAUACAAGCCUGAUGGGACACACAUAGCUGUUGGAAACAGGGAUGAUGAACUAACGAUCUUGGAUGUUCGGAAAUUCAAACCAAUCCACAAGCGCAAAUUUAAUUAUGAGGUAAACGAGAUUGCUUGGAACACAACAGGAGACAUUUUCUUUCUUACUACAGGAAAUGGUACUGUCGAGGUGCUGGAUUAUCCAUCUCUUCGAGUGCUUCACACCCUUAUGGCCCACACAGCAGGUUGCUACUGUAUCGCGAUUGAUCCAAUUGGAAGAUACUUCGCUGUUGGAAGUGCUGAUGCACUGGUCAGCCUUUGGGAUCUCUCAGAGAUGCUCUGUGUCCGCACGUUUACAAAACUCGAAUGGCCUGUCAGAACUGUGAGUUUCAAUCACACGGGAGAAUACAUUGCUGCAGCCAGUGAAGAUUUAUUUAUAGAUAUUUCGAAUGUUCAGACGGGACGGACUGUUCAUCAAAUUCCUUGCCGGGCUGCGAUGAACAGUGUUGAAUGGAAUCCAAAAUAUAACCUACUGGCGUAUGCAGGAGAUGACAAGAAUAAAUACCAAGCUGAUGAAGGCGUGUUUCGAAUUUUUGGCUUUGAGAGUGCCUAACAUCAAAUGAAGGGAGCGCUUCCUAUAAUCAAAAGUAGAGUGCCUUGUUCUUGGCAGUCAUUUUUUUUUUCUUUGGAAAGAUUCAGUCAUUUGAAUUGUCGAACAGUUGAUUUUUGUGAUGCUUAGCUGAAGAAGACUUGAAGCCAUUACCUUUACAAAAAUCGAUGCACUUAAAUGUUCCCAUUUUUAGAGCUAACUUCUAGCAAUGAUAGUUCAACAGUUCCUUAA